CAAAAGUGCAAAACAAACUGUUGUCGGUGUUUAUUUACAUAUCCAAAAAAAAAAAACCGCUCCUUAGAUGUUUUCGCUUGCAACUCGUGCGGCAGCCAACAGCAAUUACGUGGAUUAAGUCGCCGCUCGCGAAUGCAUAAUGCGACUCUGUCAGUAUCUAGUUGCCGCCUGCUGCAUCCACGUGCUGAUUGCCAGCAAUCACUGGGUGCUGAAGGAUGAGCGCAUUGUACAGAAAUUGGAUUCGCCGUUCUUUAUGCGGGAGCCGCACAAUCUGAUCGCCUUCUUGGAGCAGAUACGAUACAAUGAGUAUGUGGAGCGCAGCUAUUUGGAGCUGCUGCGCAAGCGGGAGCAAAUUGUCGAGCAUUUGCGCUUCUCGAUGCGCUUCGGCGAGGAUCUAGCCGAUCAGGCCAAAUGCGCCAUGGACUAUUAUCUGCUGGAGAAGCGCAUGUCGUAUCUGAAAAUCACACCGGAUCAGCUGAAACGCAUCAAUUUACCGGAGCACCGUGAAUUCCAGCAGGGAUUGCCGCUGGCAUCGAUACGUACGAAAACCGAUCGCACUUUGGAGCCCAUUUGCAGCAAUUACCAUGAGCUGAGCGUGGGACCAGCCACAUACGAUCAUCUCGAUAGCUUUCAGCCCGAGGUGCUCGAAUCGGCGUAUGUGGAUCGUGAGCACGACACGAAUAUCGGCACCGCAACAGUCGAGCUAACGCGACGAUUUGCGCUGGAGGGACUGCGCCGUCAGCCGGACUCAUGGAAAUUCCAUACGCUCAGCUCCUAUUAUUGGCGGAUGCGCGGCAAUGCGCUGCAGGCGCUGCCCUGCGCACGUCUGGCCACAAUGCUGGCGCCGCCGGAGCAUAAGGAUAUACCGUUGCUAAGCCUGGGCACGAUACUCUUUCGGAUGGGUCGGCUGGCCGAUGCGGAUCUGAUGCUCAGCGCUGCCGUCGAGCAUGCACCGCAGGUGGCCGAAAACCAUGUGGUGCUCGCCUCGGCGCUGGCCAUGAAGCAUGACUUCAAUCGAUCGCAGCAUCAUUUCGAUGAGGCCGAACGUCUGGAUCCCAGCACAUUGCCGCGCACACAGCAGGUGCGCAAUUUCAUAAGCUGCUUGGAGAAUCUCACCAAGAAGACAGCCAAGAUGUACAGCUAUGUGAAGUACAUGAAGAACGAGCUAAAGGAGUUCAAGAAGCUGAAGCAGCGCAUAUCGCAGCAUCAUGAGCGGCUCAUACAGCAGCAGUUGCCGUUGGGCGCGCGCCGCUUCCUCGACUCCAGGGCCAACAAUGAGGAUCUGCAUCGGCGCGGCCAAUACUGCAGUACGCGCACACCGAAUGGCUCCGAUGAGCCGGUGCUCUUCUGUGACUUCUACUCGGACAUGCAGAUGCGGCUCGAGAGCAAGGACAUUGACAUCGAUGUCCUUGAACGCGAUCUGAUGGCCAACACGGAGAGCGUCAUCCGGCAGGUGUCCACCGAGAUACGCAAACAGUUCAAUCUCGAGCAGCUGAAGGCGGCCAAGGCCCAGAUGCCCGCCAAGGCAAUCAAAUCCACGUAGAGCCACGCCCACAACUGCACACAAUAUGCAUUCCCCCAACUAGCAAAAACAUUUCGGGUCACAAGUUAGCUUUUAAAUUGUUUGUCUCCUUUUUUGUACCCUGCAACCAUUGAAAAUGGUUAAAAAGGGUAUAAUGUAUGUCUGUCUGUCCGUCCGUCCGUCCGUCCGUCCGUCUGUAUGAACGCAAGGAUCUCGAAACCUAUAAGAGCUAGAGACUUGAAAUUUUGGCUGUAGGUCCUCCUAGUGCACGCGCAGAUCGAGUUUGUUUCCGAUAUUCGAUAACUUGCCCCGUCUCCAAGUAAUCGAUAAAAAAUAAUAUGAGCUAGAGUCAGCAAACUUGACACGUAGCUUUUAGAAUAUAUCAAGUAUCUUUCACUUUAUGCCCAUAUCGCCUGUUGGGAGAAGAGGGUUCAGGGUAUCCCCUAGUCGGGACUAGAACCUCUUGUUUCUUUUUUAAAUUCGAAUUAAUAAGUUGCCAAUGUUUUCUUUUAUCUCUAUGUACAUAUAUAUAAUUAAUACUUGUAAGUUAUUGUUUAUGCUAGAAUAUAUAAAUUCCUAAUAUGUUAAAUAAUCUUAAUUCAGUUGAUGUUUGCCUCUAAGUUCGAAUUAAGCUUUUCGAUUAAGUUCUUACAACUAUGUUAAUACCCUAAGCUGAGCUAAAGAUAACUAUGCCCAAAUCCUGCUCAAUCGAGCAGGAGCUAAAACUAAAACAUUUUUU